AUGUCUUUAUUAUCAACUAUUGAUCCAAUUAUUCGAUCGAUAUUUUCCCGAUGGACAGCUUUACAAUUAGCAGUAAGUCAUUCAAUGGGUGGUUCAGAAAGUGAAUCGAAAUAUGAAGCAUUUAUAAAUGCAUUUGGUGAAUAUCUUACACGAAAUAUUCGAAAUACGCCAACAAUAUCACUUCAUGAAAGUGAUAUUCAAGAAUAUUUAGAUGAAAUUCUUGAUGAAGAAUUCAAUACUGUUUUGGAUGACGGGUCAAGUUAUGAAUUAGCACAAUUAUUUGUUCGAUAUAUUCAGUUAAUUUUACAAGGAAAACUAAAUGAUGUUCAACAAGAAUUACAAUUACAACAAUCUAUGGCUUCAUCUAUUCAAACAUCUAGUCGAAAUGAAAAUAAUGAUGAUGAUAGUUCAACAUCCGAUGAUAGUGAUGACGAUGAUGAUGAUAUGAUUGAAGAGGAAGAAGAUGAACAACAACGUCAACAAGGGAAAACACAAUCAAUGGAUGUUGAUGAAGAUGGAUGGACGACUGUUCAUCGAAAAACCGGUGGAAAGAAAUAA